GUGGGUGUGGUGAAAUCUUUGUUUUUCUAAGUAUUUUAAAUUUUAAUUGGCCCAAAAAUGAUAGAUAAGCAUUUGUUUACAUGUUUAAUAAUUGUUUCCAUAGCAAUAAACAUAUGCCAAGCCUUAGAAUGUUAUGUUUGCGAGAAUCAGGAAGAUAACGAAGGUAAAUGCACGAGAACGAUACAAACUUGCCAGUAUGGAGAGGAUACAUGUCAAACUGAAAUCAGUUGGGGUACAACGCCAUACUGGCAAGAGGGGGCCUUAAAACAGCAUUACAUAUCAAAGAGAUGUUCGACAAAGGAAAAAUGCGAAAAGCAUAGACGCGGUCUUAUGGACACUUGUACGCACAUUUGGUAUCAGGAUUGGAAGUGUUCUGAGUGCUGUAGAGGUGAUAGGUGUAAUUAUUAUAUUAUCUCUGGUGCUACAGUGAAAACUUAUCAUGCUUCGGUGUUAAUUAGCACAUUUAUGGCACUAUUUUAUCAUUUUUAUUUAUGAGUAGGUACUUUAAAAAUUUUUAAGUAUGAGUCAUGAAAUUAAUUGGUGAUUCAGUUUUAUUAUUUUAACAUAAUUUGUACCUAAAGUACUUUAGGUAUAUAAUUCAUUAAAUUUUGUGUUCAAAGCAUUUUUUGUACAUAUUUUAUUUAUUUAUAAGUGUAUUAGAAAUAGUAAUAUUGUGAACUAAAAAUCCGUCCAUUUUGUGAUUUACAGCUUUUUAUAAAAUAUAUUUAUUGAAUUGUAAUAGAUGUUACCUAAUUGGGAACAAGAAAAUCGUCCAUUAAAUAAAAAAAUAAACAUACCUUUUG